CUGCAGCGCCAAGAUUUGAGCCCGGACAGCUGCCUGCCGGUCACAAAAUGGAUUUGGGUGACUUGCUGAACGCCCCCCCCGCCCCCCGAACAACCGGUGGUGUCCAGGGAGCUGCCCCUCUUUGUGGCCCAGCACUUCCAUAAUGCAGCGCCGGUUCUCCAGAGCCCAUAAAUGCACUGGACCAGUUAAAGCGGCUCUUGCUUCUUGUUCCAUUAAGUCUGGACUGGCGCUGUGGUGAAAAGAGGAUAAUGCGAUUCCUGGAAGCCGCCGUUCCAAAGUGCCGGCUAACACCUGGCUCUCUGAGCCGUGCAGGAAAGCCAGGCGUGCUGCAUGUACUUAACCGUACCGGCCUGGAACUGCGCCUUCCGCGUGACACGGGAAGACGCAGUCGCUGCCCAUUAACACCUCUGUUAACAUCUCUCCACGCUCACUGCCAGUCUGGCCUUAAGGCCGCUCGCUCGACAGAGAGUGGCAGGUGGACCACACAACCACGCAGAAUGGCAGGGGCCUUGCUGCUCCCCCAUGCCAGCUGGCUGGGUCGGUGCCUUGCCCGGGAUACCCACAGUUGGCGCCGGGUGCUCCACGGACUGUGGAGCCGGGCAUCCUGUGGGAGAGGUCUGCGCCCGAUGAGCUCAGUCGGCAUCGGCAGGGUCGCGCCCGUCUUCACCAGAGCUCUGGCUUUCGGCGAGAAAGUGGCCAUCAUUGACCAGCAUGGCGAGCACACCUAUAGGGACCUCUACGUGCAGAGCCUCUGCCUGUCCCAGCAGAUCUGCAAGGUGCUGGGAUGUCGCGGCACAGACCUGAAGGAAGAGCGGGUCUCAUUCCUGUGCCCCAAUGAUGCCUCCUACGUGGUUGCCCAGUGGGCUUCCUGGAUGAGUGGCGCCAUCGCCGUGCCCCUCUUUCGGAAGCACCCGGUGUCGGAGUUGGAGUAUGUCCUGGAGGACUCGCAGAGUGCGCUGCUCAUGGCUGCGGAGGAGUACGUGGGGAAGGUCGUGCCCAGCACGGAGAGGCUGGGAAUACCGCUCCUGCCCCUCCCGCCCUCCGGUAGCUGGGCCACGGCCAGCCAGGCGGCUGUGGAGGAGCUCCCGCUAGCAAGUCCCAGUCCGGAGUGGAAAGACAGAGGAGCCAUGAUCAUCUACACCAGUGGGACCACGGGCCGCCCAAAAGGCGUCCUCAGCACCCACCAGAACAUACAGGCUGUGGUCACCGGGCUGGUCAGCAAAUGGGAGUGGACGAAGGACGAUGUUAUCCUGCACGUGCUACCUUUGCACCACGUGCACGGGGUGAUCAACAAGCUUCUGUGCCCACUGUGGGUGGGAGCGACGUGCAUCAUGCUGCCCGAGUUCAGCGCACAGACGGUUUGGGAGAAGUUCUUAAACCCCAAAGGUUCGCAGAUCAGCGUCUUCAUGGCCGUGCCCACCAUUUACUCCAAGCUGAUGGAGCACUACGACAGGCAUUUCUCCCAGCCGCACACCCGGGACUUUGUGCGUGCCCUGUGCCAGGAUAAUUUCAGGUUAAUGGUCUCGGGGUCUGCAGCCCUGCCUGUGCCUGUCCUGGAGAAGUGGAAGAGCAUCACAGGACACACGUUGCUGGAGAGAUACGGGAUGACUGAGAUUGGAAUGGCCCUGUCUAAUCCCCUACAUGGAGUCCGUGUCCCAGGCUCCGUGGGGACCCCGCUGCCAGGGGUGGAGGUGCGCAUUGCCGCCGAGACCUCGAGAGAGGAAGGCCCGGCGUAUGUCAUCCAUGCGCAGGGAGAUGAGCACGGCACCCAGGUGACCCCCGGCCUCGAAGACAAGGAAGGGGAGCUCUUGGUGAAGGGGCCGACGGUGUUUCGUGAAUACUGGAACCGGCCUGCAGAAACCAAAGCUGCUUUCACCCCGGACGGCUGGUUCCAAACAGGGGAUACGGCAGCCUACACGGACGGCACCUACUGGAUCAGGGGCCGGACCUCGGUGGACAUCAUCAAAAGCGGCGGCUACAAAAUUAGCGCCCUGGACGUCGAACGUCACCUGCUAGCCCACCCCAGCAUUGCAGACGUAGCUGUGAUCGGAGCCCCCGAUGCAAUGUGGGGCCAGCGGGUCAGCGCCGUGGUGGAGCUGCACAACGGGGAGGAGCUGUCUCUCCAGGAUCUGAAGAACUGGGCACGGGAAACCAUGGCCCCCUACACGAUCCCGGCAGAGCUGAUCCUGGUGGAAGAGAUCCCCCGCAAUCAGAUGGGAAAGGUCAACAAGAAGGAGCUGCUCAGGCACUUCUACCCAGCCUAGCGGGGCGCCCGCUGCCUGACGCGAGCCUCUCCGACACCCCUUUUGAAUGACACGGAUCAGGUCCCGGCGGUGGCUCUGCAGUGCAGGGCUCGGCUCGCGACUCUGCUGUGUUGGGUUGGCACCGCAGCAAGGCUCAAUGAGAGCCAAAUUUAAGUCCCCUAAGCCACCUUGGCUGAGCAAGAGUGAAAGCCGGGCGAGAAUCCCUUCUCAGGAGACCUGUUCAAUGCAGGGUCACAGCCGCUGGCCCCCGGGCUGCUCGGUCCCCUGGUAACACCAGGUCCCAGCAGUGCCAAUGCAGGGUUCGUUUCAUCUGCACCAGAGCUGGCCACGCAGCCGUCUCCUUCCUCCCCAGCGCUGUAUCGGGGGGUCUUGCAUGGUCUGAGAUAUGCCCCAGACCCUGUGCAGGUCCCAGGCAUGUGGCUGCAGUGACGUGCCGCUGUCAGGUAAGGUCUCUGCAGAGCCCCCAGGCCCCUCUUGCCUGCCUUGGCUUGCUUCUCUGCAGAUGCUCAGCUGAGAUGCAGUUUAUAUCCCUGUGCCUCAGGCCAUAUGCAACUCAUCCCCUGAUGAAAUUACUCUUUAAAUUAAACUCCUCUCUCCAGG